GGAGACUAGGAAAGGACUAGGGUGGAGGCAAAGAGAGAGGUAUGGGAGAACGCUCCUUCUAAAACCGAAGUGGUGAAGCAUGGGGGAAUUUGUCCUUAACCUUAAGGAUGCAAACAAACUCCCCUCAAAAGAUCCCCAAAUUUAUGCACAAAUCUCUAAAGGUACUUGUGUUUCCCACCACCCACACUACCCCCCAUAUCCCCUAAUUUCAAAAAUUUCAAUCUUCCUAGUUCCUAACUCCAUCUUCAAGGCAAAAGAUCUCAUUUUAGGUAUAUACUGGCCAACAGCUCCAGUUCAGCUUAUUUAAUUUACAUCAAUGUAGUUGCAGUUGUGGACUUGAGGAGGGAAUCCUAGCGUCUUUCUUUCUUAUGAUGGACCCAAACAGAAGAUUGAACUGGCUUGAUUUGGAUGGGAGGCUAGUUUUGGUUCAAAAUCAAAAUGGGGAAAAAAUUGUAUUAUGGAGUAGCAAUACAUCAGGUUUAGGUAUUAACAAGGCCAGUCUUUUGGACAAUGGAAAUUUGGUUCUUUUGGAUAGUAAAGAUAAGGUCUUGUGGGAAAGUUUCAGUAGCCCUACAAAUAUUUUGCUUCCUGGCCAGUCUUUCCAUUAUCCGCAAAACCUUCGGGCCCUUUCAGCGAAAUCAACCCUAAGUUAUUACAGUUUGGUGAUUAGCAAAUCUGGUGAGCUUCAGCUGGUUUGGGAGCAUAAUGUCACUUACUGGAGGAGCCCAAUUAGUCCCAGUGUGCUUGUAAAGGAAGCAAGGUUUGAUAAUGAUGGCGUGUUGGGAUUGUAUGAUGAAUAUAACAAGGUGGCCUGGUCUGUUUCAAGCCAGGAUUUGGGGGACCUAUCAUCUACUAAGACUUUACAACACCUUAGUUUGGAUCAAGAUGGCAACCUGCGGAUUUACUCUUGGCACAAUGUAACUCGUGAAUGGAAAGCCGGAUGGCAAGCAGUGCAGGAGCAAUGCAAUGUGUUUGGUUCCUGUGGUUUGUAUAGUUUGUGUGGAUAUAAUUCAACUGGUCCUGUUUGCUGGUGCCUGUAUUCUCUGUCUUUGGAAAAUUGGGACACUGCCUUUUCUCCUAUUGCUGCUGACUUUGGUGGUGGUUCAGGAUGCCGAAAAAUGGUGGAUUUAGCAAACUGCAGGAUGCGUACAAGCAUGGUGGUUAUGAAACAAACGGUUCUUUAUGGUAUUUAUCCUCCCAUUGAUGUUGAAAUGUUCCUGAGUGAAAAGGAUUGUAGGGAGUAUUGCGCCAAUGACUCCACCUGCAUUGCCGUAACCUCAAUGAAUGAUGGUUCAGGGAAAUGUACAGUGAAAAGAACAAGCUUUAUCAGUGGUUAUAAUACUCAUUCUGUUGCAGCCACUUCCUUUUUGAAAGCAUGUUCCGUUCCACAAGCAGUUGCAGCUCAGAUGAACUCACAUAAUAGUGCUGGAUUAAUUGAUUCCUCAAUUUCUGGGCGCAAAAAGGCCAGUCAAGCAAACACAAGAGCUCUCAUUGGGGCUAUAGCGCUCAUCGCUUUUAUCACUGUCGUUGUUGUUGUGAGCUUGGAGCUAUUUGUAAUAUGGAUUGCUCAUGGGAGUGGACAGAUCAAGCCUCAAACGCGUAUUCCUUUCGGAAAAGAUGCUCGGAUGAACCCACAUUACAGUGCUCUUAUCAGACUUAACUUUGAAGAGAUAAAAGGACUGACAGACAACUUUGCAACUCCACUGGGACCCUCUUAUUUUAAAGGAACCCUUCCAAACAAAACCCUUGUGGUGGCGAAACUGUUGAAUGACAUCACUGUAUCUGAAAAGGACUUUCGGUUUGCAGUUUCUACAUUGGGCGGAACACACCACCGCAAUCUUGCCUCGAUCAAAGGGUUCUGCUUUGAGCCAAAACAUAAGAUUCUUCUUUAUGAGUACAUCCCAAAUGGAUCGUUAGAUCAUUGGUUGUUAGGCCCUGAGGUGGAUGAAAGUAAAAGGGUUUGGCAAGAAAGGCUGCAAAUUGCAGUUGGGGUUGCGCGAGCUAUUGCUUACCUUCACACCGAGUGUCAACAAUGCAUAAUCCAUGGGAAUUUGAAGCUAGAGAACGUCUUGCUUGACGAAAAUUUGGUCCCUAAGCUAACAGAUUUUGGGUUGCGAAGCCUACUGUUCAAGGAAAGAGUAGCAUCUUCUUCUACAGAAAUGCCAUCCGAAAAGGAUAUAUACAUGCUUGGAAUGCUGUUGUUGCAAAUUGUUACAUGCAAGAGGGAUGUGGAUGGGAUCAGUCCACAUAAAAUGCUUGAUGAGCUAUUUGAUCAGAAGGAGAGAUUUGCUGACAGUGAUGAGUUUAAGUCGGUUGAAAGAGUGAUGAAAAUAGCCAUAUGGUGCAUGCAGGAUCAGCCGUUUUUGAGGCCUUCCAUCAGUGAAGUAGUUAAGGUCUUGGAAGGCACACUUUCCGUUGAUCGCCCUCCAUCAGGUUUCAUGUUGAGUCGAAGCAUUGCUGUUGAGAGGCUAGAGGGAGAAGAAUCCUAAAGAAUCAUACUCCUUUGAUUUUAUAGCUGCUGUUAGGGAAACUCUAAGCUUAAACUCCAUUCGUGAGUUUUGUUUCCUUGAUGGGAGUUCAAAAGUUUUGUGAACGAACUCCCUUAAGGUUUUUCUUUUUUUCAGGGAAAGACAAAAUAGGCUUAUGCCCAAACUUAAGAGCUCGUAAACUUUUCAUGCUUUGUUCGAGCCUUUUCUUUUCCUCCAUAUUGCCAGUUUUUAUUUCGGAAAAUGUGGCAUAUUCAGAAGCUCCAGAGUUAGGAUAAAAGGAAAAACUAUACUACGAGUACUAUAUCUUUGGAGAUGAAAAACAUACAUGAUUCUUGCUGAUACAAACAUUCAAUAAUGGCAUUCACACUAUUCAAGUU